CCGAGAGCGAGCAACCAGAGAGAGAAGGGCCCACCUUCCCCUCUCCUCAGUGAGUCUGCGCGCGAUCUCUUCCGUCUUCGCCGCAUCCGAUCUCGAUUCCCCCGACACGGCGAGUCCCCCGGUCAGCGCCGCCGCCUCCUCCCCUCUCCGGUCGUCAUCGCCGUCAUGAAUUACAUCAUUGGAGCAUUCAAGCCACCAUGUGACAUCUCGAUUACAUUCUCUGAUGCGAGGACCAGGAAGCAGGUUUCAGUUAAGAAGGACAAUGGGAAAACAACAAUGGUCCCUGUUUUCCAGAGCCUAGAGACAAUAUCUGGAGAAGUAUCGAUAGCACCAGUCCCAGGUAAAAGGAUUGAACACAUGGGUGUUAAGAUCGAGUUGCUGGGCCAAAUAGAGCUGUAUUUUGACCGAGGGAACUUCUAUGACUUCACUUCAUUAGUGCGUGAGUUGGAUGUUCCUGGUGAAAUCUAUGAAAGAAAGACAUACCCAUUUGAGUUUUCGACUGUUGAAAUGCCAUAUGAGUCUUACAAUGGGACAAAUGUCAGACUGAGGUACAUUUUAAAGGUGACUAUUGGCAGAAACUAUGUUGGGAAUAUUGUGGAAUACCGGGAUUUCUGUGUUAGAAACUACUCUCCUGUCCCUACAAUCAAUAAUAGUAUUAAGAUGGAAGUUGGAAUUGAGGAUUGCUUACAUAUUGAGUUUGAGUACAGCAAAAGCAAGUACCAUCUCAAUGAUGUGAUUAUUGGGAAGAUAUACUUCCUUCUUGUUAGAAUAAAGAUAAAAAAUAUGGAGCUGGAGAUUCGGCGUAGGGAGUCAACAGGGUCAGGCUCUAACACAUAUGUUGAAACUGAGACUCUUGCUAAGUUUGAGCUGAUGGAUGGUGCUCCUGUCAGAGGUGAGUCUAUUCCAGUGAGGCUGUUCCUGACGCCUUAUGAGCUGACCCCAACUUACCGCAACAUAAACAACAAAUUCAGCGUCAAAUACUACCUGAAUCUUGUCCUUGUGGAUGAGGAAGAUCGGAGGUACUUCAAGCAGCAAGAGAUCACCAUGUACCGUCUCCUAGAAUCUGCCCCUUCUUCCUAGAUCCCAGCCUGGAGCAGCAAGAUGUUCACCUCUCAGGUUUUGUAUAAUGGAGUGUGAGGUUAGAGCGAUGUCGUGUUUACCUGUAUAUAACUCCAGAAGAGCGCCGCAGUUUGACUGCUGCUAGGCCAUGCACGCUGCACUGUCCUGUUGUUUAUGUUCUUUUUUCCCACUCCUUACCUUGCUUGUGGGCUAUGGCACAACCGUGGUCACCUGCCUCUAUUUAUUUACCAUUCUCGUGAGGCGUCUACAAGAAGCAUGUUUGAUUUGUCGAUAUUUUUCUGCGGGGUGUUAGUUUAGUCUGACAGUAAUGUAAUAUGUUUUCGCAAGUCAAACAAUGUGGAUUUUACUUGGGAGUGUCCUGUUAGAUGGCAGAUUGUUUGUGUUUCA